ACCCGCAAACAGCAGAUUCGAUUCAGUUUUGCGGCGACCCAUGGAGCCCCUUAUUUUUCAAAGCCGCAGGCCGAAUGGCGGUGGAUUGACUACCGGUACUACCCCAUUGACCCGGCAGCCAAACUUUUCUGAGCGAAUGGUAUGCUUGACUCGAGUACCGGUACUCUUGGAAGCACAACUUUGAAAUGCAUACAAACCUACAAACCUGCUCCCUACCGGUAUGAUACUCCCGAUCCUCAAUCCUACCGGUAUUACUAGUACAUUCGGGCCAACUAUUAUGCGUCAAGUUCGUAUCGGGGGGGGUAUGUCUGGAACCUGGGCACUCAUUGCCCUCACUUGGAACGAUACAAAAAUCAACCAUGCUUCCGGUAUCCGCCCGCGAUGUUGUCGAUAGUCCAAGGCCCCCAACGAGGCUAAAGGAAACGCUUGCUGGGGCGCGCACUCACCCGGACAAGGCAUGUAUUAUAGCCUUCAUGCAACACCUACAAUCCCCCCGGUAGUACCGUAUAUGCUUCUGGUAUCCGUGCCCGCAAAAGACGAUUGAACGGGAGAAAGACUUGCUCGGCUUGAUGUACUAGUACCCGUACGAGCACAGCACAGUGCUCGUAGAGUACUGUACUGGCGCAGUGCGGUACAAGGCAGGCAUUGUCCAUACAUUCCCACAGCACAUAGUCUAACCACUCUUUUUGGGAUUUCAAACUCGCUAACAGGAGCACUCACCUUUGUCUGCUUACAUAAUCAGCCUGUUAGUCCCCCAAAGUCUAACUUCCGCGCAUUAACAUACCGGUACCCGAGCACGAUCUAUCAUAAUAUCAUAUCAUAAUAAUCAUGAUAUCUGCCGAAGCGACACACCACCCGACACGACUUUGGACCCUGAUAUUAACAUGAUGUUUGUAUGAUCACAACUAUAAUCCGCGAUGGGAGUUCGAAUAGAGGAAUUAGGAGGGGAGCAGUGUGAAAAUCAGACAUUUUGUCAGAGGUAGCACCGCAGUCAACAGAGUACCCUACUCGUACAGUACUCGAGUACAGUACCGGUAGUUAUUGCGACAUUACUGCAACGGGCCCAACACCGGUACGAGUAACUCACAAGUACUUGUACCCAGGUCAUUGGAGAUUCAUGGUCAUGAUGCUCAAUCCUACAUCAUGUUUGGUUGGCGCGUCUAGCUAACUCCUACCGGUGGUGCGUAGCAUAAAACCCCCUCCCCCCCUCCCGGAUUCCGGUGCCAUACGGUACAGUACUCAGGUACUCGUUUGAUACUACGAGUAUACGGUACUGUACGAGUACUGUACUCGCAAACCUCCUCUUUUUCCCCUACCCAUUUUUUGCUCCAAACCCGACCAAAACUGCAAAAACGGCCAAGCGCGAAUCCCUCCUCCCCUUGCCAAGCUACCGGUAUACUGUACUCGUACGGUACAGUACUCGAGUACCGAUACGGUAUCAUACACAACUGGGAAGGAUCAAGUUGCCCACUCGUACGUAAACAAACAAUCAUCUUCCGGACCACCACUCCCGCCCCCCCGCGCCGUCGCUGCUCACCAUACGGUACCGGUACUCGUACUUUACAGACCCUUUCCCCCUCUUCUCCCCCUUCAUCCCGCCCACACACACUCCACUCCAAUCCACUCUACACCCACACCCCCUCAAACAAUUAUCAUCAAACGAGACGGAAAAGGAAGAAAAAAAAAAUCGGAAAAAAUAUUAACCAUGCCCUCUCAAUCAAAUGAACUCUCCUCAACAGAGGACUUCGACCUCCUCUCAAUCGAAGCCCGGCUCACCGAACUCGAACGCCAUAAAAGCCUUCUGACAGCCGAGCUCCUCUCGUAUCGCUCCACCCUGCCGAUAUCGACCAUACUAUCGCAGGCAAAAGUCACGCCGAGCUAUGAAGACCCCACAUCAGUCACAUCCACCCUGGGCCCAGGAACUGAGACCAGUAGCAACGGCAGUGUAGCCUCGGAUGGAAAGUCAGAAGUCACCGAUGAGGACAUCCUCUCGGACGUCAUCGCGCACGCGAAGUACUCGCAGAAGGAGCGGUUAAAAAAAUUAUACCGCAUGACUGGUGUUACCACAUUCACUUCCGAAGACCCGUCUCCCCCGCACAAAGUUAAUGUGGGGAUUCGCUUCGAGCUCUUCGGAAAUCGUAAUUCUCCCCCUCCCUCCUUUCCCUUUCACCCCCCUUCUGCAGUCACAUUGGGAGCGAAGCUAAACUUCAUAAAAGGAAAAUUCACAACCCGCCAAUACAUAAUCCUGUCCCUAUCCUUAACCUCCUACACAAUCGUCCGUCACUCGAUCCCUCCCUUCCUGCACGUCCACAGCCUCCGGGCCCAGUACCCACACGACGUGGCAAAGUUUGCUCGUGUGCUCCGUGCCAAGCUUCAAUUGUACGCACGACGUCUGGACGCCGUGGAGAAGCUCGAGCAGACCCUGACCAGCAUGGGACGGAUCGGAGACGUGCAGGAGCCAUGGACCAAUCGGAUUGAGAGUGUCGAGUGGGAUCUUCCCGUACGCAUGAUUGUUAUCAAUUGGUCUAUCGGAGCGAGGGGCUCGCUGGUGUUGGAUGAGAGGGGGAGCAUCGAGGCGGCGGUGGUCAGGGACAAUGACGGUGAGAGGAUGAAGAAGUUGGAGGCUGUUAUCAGAAGUGGAAACCUGGAUGGGAUCGCGGUUAGACUAGGUUAUGUUAUGGAUAGGGACGAGAUUUAUGAGGAGGAAGGGGAAGGGGAGGCGGGGGUGAUGACUUCCUGA